AUGCCCGGUCACUCCCACAGCAUGACACGUUUCCACAAUGAGACUGCACUUCUAGAAUCUCGCAUGCGCUGGGAUAUCAUAAGUACCACAGGGGGAAGAACCACUUUCCUCGUUGACGUGAGAGGCACCUAUUCUGUGCUUUUGGUGGGUGAUAUGGGACAGGUUCGUGUGUGUUGUGUGGCCUGAUGGGGUAUACGUGGUGAUGGAAUUUAGUCUGCGGUGAUUUACCGCAGAUUUGUAUGCAAGUACACGCGGCCCAGUAGGCUCACUCGGAGACUGAAUGUACGUGGACGGUGUGAAUAUGUGAGAUGGGAGCGGCGGGUGUAUGUUGGCGCUCAUGAUACUGGCUCGCCAGCCUCAGUGCGAUGAAUUCGCAAGUGACCUACCAGGCUGAUGCGUGAUCUGAAGAUGCAACCUCAACGAAGGCACGCUGGAACUGAGUCCGCGUUGCUAGUGGCCACUCGAGAACGCGCGAUUUGUUUUAGAAGCAUACUUGAAACAUCCGCUGUACUAGGUUGCAGCCUCUGAUUUAGCAAUUUUCUGGUCGAAGUAUUUUUAGGUUUCAAAUACCAACUUCCACAGAGACACAGUUUCCCAUCCGUGGUUGGCUGGCAGUCAGCUCUCGCGGCCGUCACAGCGGCCGCUCACCUAUGGGGCUUUCGGCCCGCCUAACAUUUCCUGUCGAUCGAUUGCUUGAAUCAUGCAAGACUUGGCACCGGUCGGGCGAGAGCUCGAGGCCAAUCGAUGCUGCAUCUUUCGCUGACUGGCCGCACGCGAACAAAUCCCAAACGCAUCAAUUUAGAUUUUUGUCUAACAAUUGAUUAACUUCAAUUGUAGUGAAAAUGCGAUUCUCAGGUGGCAUAUAAAAAGAAAAGGAGGUGUUCACCAGGAGAGGUGUAUUUGAGAUCUGACGUUUCGGGUAGUCGUUUCUUCUACCCAUCUUCAGAGUCUGAGCCGUUAUGCACGCAGCUUUCCUUUUAUGGCGCACUUUGUUUGUGCGCGCUACGUUGGUGAUACUCUCGUAAUAAUCGAUCAGAAUAAAAUAAGCUACUAUGAAGAACUUGUAGUGACAUUUAGGUCCGUUUUGUUUUAAUCAGUUACAAUACGCUUUGACACAACUUUGAAUAAGAAUAAGAACACGCACGUACACGUUUACCUGCUGACGACUUUGUUCUUAUUUACUGGUUUGUAACUUUUGGGAUACUGCUAUUUUCGUUUACCGGAUAGCCUACUCGCUGUGCCCAACUAGUGGGUUUGUAUCUUACACUGGUGACCCCGACGUGAUUCGAACACGCAACCUUCUGAUCUGGAGUCAGAACUCAAUCAUCCCCGAUCUACAGUUCACGAUGGAAGAAGAAGUGGAGAGCGAACUUUCAUUCUUGGAUGUUCUCAUCUGCCGCCAACCAAACGGCAAACUGGCGACGUCAGUCUACAGAAAAAUGACGAACACGCUGCAAAUGCUCAGUUACCACAGCAACCAUCCACUGCAACACAAACGAGGCUGUGUACGCACGCUAUACCGACGGGUGGAAACUCAUUGCAGCACUCCAGUCGCCAAACAGGACGAGAUGAAGCUCCUCCAAGAAUUCUCCAAAGCCAGCGGAUAUCCGCGAACAUUCGUUGAACGGAACCAAAAUCAACCAAGGAAGCGGAAUGAAGAACAUAGUCAGCCAAAAUCGUGGCGGAGCAUUCCAUACAUGAAAGGGGUCUCUGAAGCCGUAGCCAGAUCUCCGAGCCGCUCGGAAUAGGCGUUGCCCACAGUCCGGACUCAACAAUCCGCUGGCAAUUGGUGCGGCCAAAAGACACGAUCCCUAAGUAGGAGAUGUCGGCUGUUGUCUACCGACUUCGGUGCAGCUGCGGAAUGUGUAACUACGCUGGGGAAACCGGCCGACGGCUGCAAACGCGCAUGCACGAGCAUAAGUUGGCCGGUUGGACCCAAAGUCGGAGGUAGCAACCCGUGCCGCCCAAAUGGAACACGUCUUCAACUUUGACGCCGUUGGAAUUGUGGGCCGAGGUGAUGAUCAUACGGCAAGGCAGGUGCAAGAAGCCUGGAUGUCUACCGACUGUUCUGUCAACCGCCACACCAAUUUGCCUCCCCCUUAUCUGGUUUUACGGACAUUCUUGACGGGAGACAGUCACGACGCGGGGCAAUCGAGGCCGUCAAUUAUCGCCGCUGUCGACGAAGAUGGGCGGGAUUUAGGUCACGGUGACAUGCAGGUCGGAUGCAGCCACACAGACGGCAUUGACGGGCCGAGCAUCAAACAAAGUGCUCCAUAAAAGGAAAGCUGUGUGCAUGACUGCUCAGUCUCUGAAGAUGGGCAGAAGAAACGACUACCCGAAAAGUCAGACCUCAAAUACACCUCUCCCGGUGAACGCCUUUCUUUCUUUUGAAUUGAUUAACUAUUUUUCAGACGGAGUCUUCCAAUGCCUUGGUUUUAUCUUUCUCUGGCAUUUCCAGACGAAAUGAACUCGGCUGGUUUAAAAUGGAUUCCAGUUUGGCCGUAUAGUCUCGCCGAUUAAGAAUGACAACUCCAUGGCCUCUGUCAGGCUUAGAAAUUACUAUUUGUUCAAGGCACUUCAGUGCAGCUAGGGCAACCAUGUGUUGUUUGGUUAUUGGUGGGAGAAACCUUAUCUAUGUAAACAGUUAAACGACCGGAUCAACCUAAACUUGCUCUGAUAAGUCCCAGACCUUGAUUUGACCACCCCUUCUGCGUGCUAAUACCCGCAUUUUCUUUCCUAAAUUGUGUUUUUAAGUUACCGUUGUAUUGAUUAGUUAGCAUGCAGUCAACGAUGAAUUUUUCUGUUUAGAAUUGAUUUUUUCUGUGGAAAAUUAAAUCUCUGUAUCUUUCUCAUUCGUUAUCUCCGUUGUGCAGUGACAGGUUGCAGUUGAUAGGCCGUCGCGAAAUUUUUUGGUUCCACUAAAUUCUGUUGUGUAUACUUGCUUCAAAAUUAGGUGGAACUAUAGUGCUGAUUUUCGUGCGGCAUAAUCUCAGGAUAUUUCAGUCACGUCAGGAUACGGGGUUUUAAGUGAUGCAAAAACACCCGGCGAAAAAUGAAUACUUAAAUAAUAGGGCGUUUUCCUAUCGAUUUUCAAUGGCCUUAUAAAUUUAAAUAUGCUUUAAAGAAAACGCGCACACAAAUAUUCACCUUUAUGAAUUGGAAAACAGGCUACCCAGGAAAUAAAACACGUUCUCCGGGAAAAGUAAAAACUUUAUUAGGGAGAUUUUUGACACUGGUUCCCCAUGCUAUCGUCAGAUUUGAGUAAAUGCGCUAAAAUAAGUUAACAUUUCGAACUUGCAUAAACAAAACGAUGUCAUUUUGUGCUCAUACCUGCAAACGGCCGCCGUUUGCACCACUCUGUAUCGGUUGGUUCUCGCCUCUUCCGUUUUUUUCUCUGAGAUUUUUGUACACGGCAUCUGGCUCAAUGUGCCGAUUGAUGCAUGAUUCAUCGGAGUGCAUGGCUUUAGGAAACUUUCAGCUUUUUUGGAGGGAGAGACUUCGACGAUGCGAGUUCUGUCCCAGGUUGUGUGCCCGGUAUCAAGAGUGUGCAUGCCCAUUUAAGAUAGAUGGUUUCGCCUUUUGACUGCAAGUUACUGUUCGUGGAUGCGUGCAGAGGCAUAUUUUCCAGGUUGACCACAACAUACGGCCUCACAAGCAUCAUAUGCGAUCUUGUAAACGACUUCCUUCUUAUCAAGAUAGCCAACCCUAUCCUUAGGAUGUUCAAACUGAGUGCGUAAAGUAGUCGUCGGUUUGUCCGCCGCUUUUUCGGUGUUUCCUCAAGUGUCUUUCAACGAGAUCAGACACGUCCCUCAUGUAAGGAAGCAUUCAUCAAGUAUCUGCUUUCGGCGCUCGAUUAGAACUAUCUAGCUUCUUUUCUUUUAACUCUUGUUGCUUCAUACAUCGACGUACAAAAUCUCUAGAGCAAUCAUUUUGGAAAUUAAUUCAAGCAAGUAAUUUAGUUUCACUCGGCAGUUUUCUUCGCCGGCUCAACAUGUUUCUGCUUGGUAGAGCAGACCCUUGACAGUACUCCGCUUGCGAGCAAUUGGGCUGUUGUCCGAGUUGUACGCCUUAAGGAUAGGAUUGGCUAUACUGAUAGGAAGGAAGUCGUAUGCAAGAUCCCAUGAGAUGCAUUUGAGGCCUUAUAUUGUGGACAAACAUGAAAAUCUGCAUUCAUGAGCACCAGCUGGCAGUUAAAAGGCGAGACUACCGGUCACAAAUGGCCAUGCACACCCUUGAUACUGGACGCGCCUUCACCUUGCGUCGUCGCAUUGCCCCUCCCAUAAGGCCGAGAGUUUCCUGAGGCCAUGAACUCCGAUGAGUAAUGCGUCAGUCGGCACACUGAACUAGAUGUCAUGUACAAAAAUCUCAGGGAAGAAGUGAAAGGGGUGAGAACCAAUCGGUACAGAGUUACGCAAAUGGCGGCCGCUUACUGGCGCAAACGCUGGAUGAGUAUCGAUUUUUAAGCACAUUUACUGAAGUCUGACGACGAACAAGGAAACCAGUGUCAAAAAUCUACCCAAAAUAUUUUUUUUCCCAAAGAACGUAUUUGCUUUCAAAAUAUUCACCCUUUUACUCAUUUAUUAGAAAACAGUUCUUCAAAUUUUGUACGCUAGGGGACGACCCCUUUCGAAUUCAUUUUAAAAACGUUUCUAACUUCCCGAAUACUUUCAGCCCUAUCUGAGUUUGGGGUUUUUAGUUUAGAGGCUGUACACUUUCCGUGCAAGAACAUUUAUGCGUUUUCUUAGCUAUUAGGAAGACACUGUGUAGGACUCACAGCAUUUUGAAAUUAGUUUUGACAAUGUUGUAUACUUGGUGGGAGCCAUUUAUAAACAGCGAGGCACGAUGCUACUUUAAUGAAAAUUAUACUGUCCUAAAAACCUCAUAAUUGAAAACUUUUUUAAAAUUGAGAGAUAUUCCCUUUUUCGAGUAUUAAAUCUGAAGAAGACGUGAUUUACCACAGAAUGAAUGAAAAAGAAUUAUUUUCAUGUACAUUUUAUGUAAAGUAUAUUUUAAUUUUUAAUGGCACUGAAAAUCAAUGAAAACAUAAAUGAUGCUUAAGUAAUCAUGUUUAAUUGAGUGCGGUUUUUGCAGUCGGCUGAAAAUCUGUGCAUUCAAAAACCAGCGUCGCAAGGUGCCUAAAACACCAUAGUCGUAGACCUCACGAUAAUCGAUAUUCCUACUCUACUUAAGUACAAAGAUCCCUCCUCGAUCGCGGGAGUUACGCUGGAGAACCCCCCGCGAUAAGUGAAAAUUUGCGAACAAAACCAUAUGCUUCUAUGGCUGCUUUUAUAUAUCUUAGGUCCUUAGAACCCUCCCACAUCCUUAUGAACACUCUUCACGCAGUUACACAGCAUAAACUCUUAAAAUCCUCUUACGUAAUGAGUAAUAUUUGCCGAAAUUAUGUAUUUGAACACACUGUUUAUAUGAAUGUUCCAUCGUUGUUGUCAAUGAUGUCCACCGUGGGCUCUACGGUAAAGUAAAGCAGGGAUGGUGAUCUGUAGGUGAAUUAAUUUAUAGUGGCAUUGGACUUGCACAACAUCUAGUGCACUAUCUCCUCCUCCUCCUCCUCCUCCUCCUCCUCCUCCUGCUCCUCGCCUGAGCCUGUAAUCGAGACACGGUCAAGGAGGUCGAGGGCAGGAGAGGGCGCCGGUGGCUGGUGCGGCCAGACCCGCACCUAGGCGUGUCACUACACCCUCUGAUCCACAACAAACAUUUGGCCAGGAUUUUAACUUGCUACAAAAAAUGGGUCAGAUAGAGGAUGACAAAAAUCGCUGGAUAAACAUGCACACAGGGUAAGGGAACUGCCAACGUACACCCAGGUCGUGAGGGCCAUGGUUUGCUCAAUCAUGACAUUGCAUGCGCACACAGUCCUUAAAGCCACUGUUUAUAUACUACGCAUUAAUUCAUGCAUCGUAUAUCAUCGAGAAGGCUUACUUGAUGCAUAAUACGGUUUUAAGCCCACCGUAAUAGUACGUAUCUUCAUGUUGACCCAAUUGUGGAAAACUCGGUGCCUCGGUGGAAUUCGAACCCAAAACAGCAAGGGGAGGCUUUAGUACAGCCAGUGUUCUAACCAUCUGAGCUAAGAGGCCCCACCGGACGACGCGAGUUUAAUCACAUUUGGAUCAAGUUUACCCGCCCAACCUACAUCAACGUCUGGAAUCCACCAAAUCUAAUACAAUAAGCUGACUGCCCAAGCGGCAUUUCCUAAGUAAUAGAUCUAGAAUCCACCAGGACGGAUGAACUUGAUCCAAAUCUAGUUCUCAGUUGAGUCAGAGUGGAUCUGCCAAAACGCCUCUGAAGUACUUAUUUUAAUGGAAAUAAUACCAGUAACGUCCCGUGUACGAAAUCACCCGAGAAAGCAUGCGCCAGAAAUAAAAAGGCCCAUUGUCUGCGAAGCAGCAAAAAAUCCGCUUGUAUAUAACAUCCACGAUAGAGUGAAACAGCGAAAGUCGGUGCACGAUAUAACGAGGGAUUACCGUUAUCCUUCCUGAUCGUAAACGCAUUUCAGAUGCUCCGUUAAUAUUUUAUGAGAUCGGUCAUCGAUUCUGAGUAAUCUUGUCGCAGAAAAAUAAUGCCUUAAGAUAUCUACUAGUUCCAGACACUUAUACAGAUGCUGGAAUGACGUUACGUAAAAAUAAGUGGGCGUCAGUGUGCCAGGUCUUUUUGAAUACGUACUUCUGCACCGCACCGCGUCAUCUAAGUUGAUGCUAUAAGGCUCGCAACCACGCAAGCCGGCUAGUUAAUGCAGGCAUCGAAGUCCUCAAGGCAAUGACCGAGGUCUUUAAUUGCGUUUUCGACUUGAAAACGUUACACGAGUAAGGUUUAAGGACUGUUAAUCCGCAGCGUGUCAGCGUGUUUGUAAGCUUACUGGCAAAAGUGCAAUGCCAAAACCUCUGUGGACGAUAAGGGAGUUGGUUACAAGGGCUUCGUGCUAGCGGCUUAUCGAACUGUAACGAAGUUCAUGAAGUGUUCGCCCCAACGGUAUCAUUUGCGGACUGGAACCGCCUAAAGCGCAGGAUCCUUUGAUGGAAGGGGGUUUUCUUGCGAGUAGAAUAUUUACUGGUCCGGCCAGGGUUCAUGUAAAGACUGAUUGGUUCAGUGAUGAGAUUGAACAAACGCCAUGCACCUCCUCUCCUGUGUCAUACCGUGAUUAGUAUAUUUAAGUUCGAGUCUGCGUCAUCGAAAACCACAGCAUCAUAGGAAUGAAAAAGAGGGGAUAACUUAAAGACUAUCCGGUAAAAACACGUCGCUGUGUUCAGGCAUCCACAGUUCGUGGAAGGGAAGAUUUUCAAAAAAUAUCGUUCCUUAUAAGACUAGGAUUUUACCCAUAAGUGGUGUUCGCCAGUCUACGUUGAUUACUGAGUGGAAUUCAGUCCUCCGUUUUGCCCUGGUAGACGGCAACAUCGUUACAAAGAAUCAGUAAUCCGGAGGCAUUACGGUAAUGGCCAUGGAGAUUGGAAUAACCGGAGAUAGAGAGAAAAGUCCGAGGUUUGGACCUGCCCUCGCUUUACCACUAAAACUAACACUCUGUUAGUCGAACUGCCAGUUGACGUCGUUGUCGAAUCGUGAUUGGUCAACAAGGGCAAUUUUCCCAAACCAAAGAUCAGGAAGACAGGAUUAGUAGGACAACCUUGAUUGCACCAAGGAAGAUCGCAAGUAGCCCAAGCAGCGGCAUUUCUUUUGACCACGAUAAGGGCCAGCAGUUGAUGUUUUCAGCCCCGACAAAGGGUGCUUGCGAGCCCCCGGACUUUGUCGGAUUUCAGCCAGUCGUUGAAGACAGAAACAUCAAUUGGCGUCCCAUUGUCGAUGGGCUGAAGUCUGUUUCAGGCGGCGAUAUCUGAGGCGAAAUAGGAAUGAUAUACUCGGGGCUGGAUUGCUUGUGUAUCGGAGUACAGUUUUAUAAUUUUUCAUUGGAAGCUGGCUGCAGUUCUCGCAAGCGGUCUUGUGGCGAAAGGAACCAGUGGUCGAUAAGUAUGAUCGACGAAAUAACCAUUUAAAGCCUACAAUACGUCAGAUCGCAGUCGAGGGCUGCGUACCUCUGCUUUAUCUGGCAGCGUGUCGAAACAGUCGACUGAGACCGGGUUCAUACUUUAGGUUUUCGACGGUUGGGAAACCAGAACAGGUCCCAGUAGUCUACCGUCACGAAAUAAACGACAUACGUGUCACUAAUAUUGCAAUACUGUUCUCACAAUAAGGAUGCGAUGAUAAUACGCUAGCAACGAUAAUACUGUUGCGACGACUGCACCUGAUGAGAAGAGCGUUCGUUACUACUACUACUACUACUACUACUACUACUACUACUACUACUACUACUACUACUACUACUACUACUACUACUACUACUACUACUACUACUACUACUACUACUACUACUACUACUACUACUACUACUACUACUACUACUACUACUACUACUACCAUCAGCAUCGCUAUUAUUAUUACUCCGAUGAAUUAUAA